GGGUGCGCGGUAACGUCGAAAUCAUGUCAGUUGAGAGCAGCUUUACGCAACAAUCUUUCGUAGCUGAUCUUUUGAGCAAAAGCGACAGUCCUCAUCGACUGCUGGAAUCUCUCUCAAACGCCAUCGCAUUGAGAGCAAACACAAGCUUGUCUGGCAGCAAGUGUGCCAUAGAUGGACAGGAAAAUAGUUCUUACGUCUCUUGCUUGUAUUACAAUGGAAAACCUUUUCUUCCGCCACGACUUACAGACGCUGAGAGACGCGAAAUGGCGAGUAUUAGAGAACGAGCUGUUCUAGUAGAGAAACAAGUCGCUGAGAGGAAAGAAGAGUCAAGAAGGAGACUACUGAAUUAUGUAGCUCAGAGGUUAGAGCAACUGGAUAGUUGCAGCAGGGCUGACAAGAGAAAGAGAGAUGAAACAAGACAAAUAGGAAUGAACUUCAUGCAAGAAGAAAACCCAGGCAAUAAAGGCGGUAGCUCACGUCACAACCAAUCUGCAGCAGGGACCGAUGCUUUCACGAACGCAUCUCUUGCUAAUGUCAUUUCGUCGAAAAACAGUCCAGUUGCUGUCGUAACCGAGUACCUGGACAGCAGACCUCCUGUUGAUGCCAAUAUGACGUCAUCAUUUAGAGACAUUUCGAUCUAUAAUCUAUCAGAGACACAUACACUUGCUAGUCAAACGCUUCAAACAUCGAUCAAGAAGACGACGUCCCCGUCUAGCUAUUUCAGUCCCGAUCGAGUGCGAACGUCUCGCAUCAGUCCACGUCGUCGACUGAAUCUCAACGAAUCAACUGACAAACAGUACAAGCAUACGGCAGCCCUUAGAGCAUACCCAAAGGCUUCAGCACGUAGCAGUGCAAGGCUGUAUGCUAUCGCAAGAGGUUACCUUACUAGGAAACUACGAAUGUGCAGUAAGGUCCAACAACUGGCGACCACAAUCAGAGACUUGUCAACGUUUCUUUACAGCACAUCGCCUGUUUCAUCUAGAAACACACACGACUCUGUUCUUCAAGAUCAAGUGAAGUCACAGUUGCAUGCUGCUCGGGCUGCUGUUCAUAGCAUUUUCUUUGUUUACGGCCCUCGUGAACAGAUGGCUUUGAUACGGCAGAGUAGACAGAUGGAACACAAGAGAACUCUUCGUCAGACACCCACUACUUCAGGAGAUGCACUGCGGUUGUCUCUGGCUACAAAGAAGGCAAUCGAACGUAGACAAAAUAGGCUCCAGAGUAAUUCACUGAUGCAACCAGUCACACCUCAACCAGCCAUAAAAGCAGCAACACCGACAGUCCCAUCACACAAAGUCAAGCCAUCAUCAAAGUCAAAGUCAGCACCAAAGAGAGAAAAGCAGGCAUCAAUCAUGACCAAUGGAAAAACUGCUAGAAGCACAACGACGGCAUCGAAACAAAAUGCGACUUCAGCGAAGAGCAAGCCUGCAAAAGCGACAUGGAAGUAGCGAAUAAUUUCAGCAAUCUGUCGUAGCCUAUGCAACAAUACAAACGAGUGUACUCUG